UGUUAUCGCCAGAGGAGAGCAUCGAUUUACGUCGUCCAUGACCCAUUCGCUAUUGACGUUGACACUUGCUUCACCGUUGAAAUAUUAUACAAAAGGGGUGUUUCCGAAGCAAUAUCAUAUAAUUCAGGCACAGUCCCAUCUUCAUCGGCAUUCCAACAAGAUCACACAAUGGACGGUUUUGCUGAUAACUUCACCAAUGACAAUGAGGUUGACCCAGCUGCCGAGUUCUUAGCUCGAGAGCAAGAUCAACUGGCCGGCCUCGAGGAUGAAAUCCCUCCAGUGGUCAUGAACACACCGGUAGCAGCUCCUGCUGUAGCUGACGAUGAUUUGUCUGGAAACUUUGAAAAUAUGACAGUCGAGUCAGGUGGAAAUGGCACCGGAAGUUUCGAGAUGAUAAAUACCAUCGAGCAGCCAACUGAUUCAGAGUUUUCAGCCUCAGAGGCACCACCAACUCUAUCACUUCCCAGGGAGGAGCCGGAGAAGAUCAAGAAGUGGAGGGAGGAACAGGCAGCUCGACUCGAGGAGAAAGAUGCUGAAGAAGAAAAGAAAAAGGAAGAAUGGAGAGAAGCUGCCAAGAAAGAACUGGAGGAAUGGUACAAACAUCACGCCGAGACAACUAGUAAAACGAAGGCCACAAACAGGGAAUCAGCCAAGAACGCCGAGAAGCAGUUUGUCGCUGAGGCUGACGACGUGGAGCCUGGUACCGAGUGGGAGCGCAUCGCCAAACUCUGCGAUUUCAAUCCAAAGUCAUCGAGGACAUCCAAGGACGUGUCCAGAAUGCGCUCAAUAAUUCUUCAGUUGAAGCAGACACCACCACCAACCACGUCCAUCAAUGCUUGAGCAAAUUAAUUAUUGUUGGGGAAGUACCGAAUUCAUAUUGACGAAUAAAAACCAUAAGAUAAAUUCAUAAAUUAUCGUAUGCACUGGGAAAAUUGUGACGCUUCCAUGUGCGUUGAUUGAGAUCACGUGUAAUGUUAUUGUGAAUAAAGUUUACGGAUGAAAUUAGAAA